AAUAGCGCGUCUCCAUCACCGUCCACCUCCAUCUCAAACCCGCCUUCCUUGACAUAUCCGGCCAAUCCGACAAAACGUCGUAGAUUCUAUCCACUAUGGGCAUCUCACCAAAGCCGUUUCAGCGCUCUCGGCAUCUUAUGCAGAUGUUCGUGCACUUGUGCAUGAGGUCACUCAGAAAGCAUUCGCUCUGGCUGGAGAGAAUGUGGACGCUGCGUGUGUCGUCAUCGGCCUUCCUAAGCAGAUUUUACUUGCGAACGACUUUGAGGUUGAGCUGAUAACACCUAGAUGCAAAGACUGUUUGCAGCAGGCUGCAAGGGUGUUUGUCGAAGACCUUGCCAUGCCCGUCCUGAUUGCUGUCAAUCCCCCCGAACGCCAUGCAAGGCAGAAGGUGAUCACAAACAUCACAUUCUACGAGAAAUCCGGUAUGCACCGAGUGGACUACCCUGCAAUCAUCAAAACAGAUAUAAGAGGAAAUCGAAAUACUGCAUACCCCGCGCUCGAGAAGUUUGUUCUGCACGUCGUCCGCAGCUCAUGUUUUGCAUCUGAUGCUAUCGAAGCUGUGACAACACGAUCACAAAAGCCCAGUGCACUGUCUUUCGCUCACUCUUUUGGUGUUGAGAUGACUCGGUACCGUGAUGCGUUCUGAUGAUUGUGAUAAAACUAUGUAGGAAGUGUGUGUAACCAAGCUCGGAUAGCAUCACUCGCAUACUCAUGCAUAUCCGACCAACCCUUGGCACGACAUCAGGUCUAGACAUGUAUAUGGAUGCUUGGUGUGGCCAACUCCGUUAACACCAACUAUGUAGAGAAAAAAUCAACUUCAUUAGCUUGGCAGGCGGAAAUACGCUCUCACUCCCAGCUUCAACAGAGGCAAAUUACAUGCUGUAGGUUAGACAUCGCGGGA